GGCAUGUAUCUUCUUCUACCUCCUCUCUCAAAUAUAAAUACACUUGAAAAAGAGAACAAUACACAUUACAUAUAACACCUGUUUAUACAACUCGCACUUGUGUUUUUUUUUCCUUCUUCUCCUCUCUCAGAGAACAUCUCCAUUGUUCCACCUACACCCCAACUACCACUCUCAUGGACCAUGCUCUUCUCCUAGUGGUUUUCACUUCUCUCCUAGCUGGUCUUGCCACCCUCCUCACCUUGCUCAGGAGAUUAAAUGGCUGGUAUUACGAAACCAGACUUGGUGAAAGGCGGUUUUCUCUCCCUCCAGGUGAUCUUGGUUGGCCCAUCAUCGGUAACAUGUGGACGUUCCUUAAAGCUUUCAAAUCAAGCGAUCCAGAUUCAUUCAUUUCCAGCUUUGUUACCAGAUUCAACCGGACCGGAAUUUACAAGGCAUUCAUGUUCGGGAGCCCAACGAUCAUAGUCACAAUACCUGAAACUUGCAAGCAAGUCCUGAUGGAUGAAGAACAUUUCAUGUCUGGUUGGCCAGAGUCUACAUUGAAGCUUAUUGGGAAGAAAUCGUUCAUCGGCAUUUCUCCCGAAGAACACAAGCGAUUGCGCAGGCUAACAGCAGCUCCAGUCAAUGGCCAUGAAGCAUUGUGCACGUAUCUUGAAUUCAUCGAAAGCGCUGUGGUGUCCGCCUUAGAGAGAUGGGCCAAGAUGGAUCAGAUAGAAUUCUUGACUGAGGUUAGAAGGCUUACUUUCAGGAUAAUUACAUACAUAUUCUUGAGUUCGGAAGGUGAUCCGGUGAUAGAAGCUCUCGAAAGAGAAUAUACAGCUCUGAACUAUGGUGUAAGAGCCAUGGCAAUCAAUCUUCCUGGUUUUGCAUACCACAGAGCACUCAAGGCUCGGAAGAAAUUGGUGGCGAUUCUUCAAUCUGCCGUUACUGAAAGAAGGGGGAAGAGAUUGAGAAAUGUACCUCAACUGAAGAAAGACAUGAUGGAUGCUCUGAUAGAGGUUGAAGAUGACAGUGGUAGGAGAUUGAACGACGAGGAGAUCAUCGAUAUUCUGAUCAUGUAUCUCAACGCAGGCCAUGAAUCUUCUGGCCAUAUCACAAUGUGGGCCACCGUCUUCUUACAAGAGCACCCCGAGUUCUAUGAAAAAGCCAAGGCAGAGCAAGAAGAGAUAAUUAGGAAAAGACCUCCCAUGCAGAAGGGAUUAACAUUCGACGAAGUCAGACAAAUGGAGUAUCUUUCCAAGGUGAUCGAUGAGACUUUGCGUGUAAUCAACAUCUCAUUAGUGGUUUUCCGGGAGGCAACUUCUGAUGUCAACAUCAACGGUUAUGUGAUUCCUAAAGGUUGGAAAGUUCAGGUCUGGUUCCGCAGUGUUCACUUGGAUCCUGAAGUUUAUAAGGAUGCGAAGGCGUUUAAUCCGGAUAGAUGGGAUGGACAUACACCGAAAGCAGGUAGUUUCAUUCCCUUCGGAGCUGGAAGCAGGUUAUGCCCGGGGAAUGAUCUUGCCAAAAUGGAGAUCUCUGUUUUCCUACACUACUUUCUCCUCGGUUAUCAGCUCAAGCGGCUUAACCCAGAAUGCCCAGUUAGGUACCUACCCCAUACAAGGCCGACAGACAAUUGCCUUGCGAGAUUAGUAAAGCUCUCACCGCCAUCUAUGUUAACAAACAAAUCCCAACAAUUGUAAAAGUUCCAUUUUGCUUAUACUUUAAAUGCAUAGACUCCCACAUCGCAACUGCUUGCUAUGGAAAUUACAAUAGGCUGAUUUCUGAAUCUCUUUGAUUGAUGAAUAAAUAUAGGUAUGUGAUGUCUGAGUGAAAACCCUGCAAGUGACAUCUGAUCUUGGCUUUAACAUCGUGAUAAGAGAAGCGCACACAUGUACUCCAUACAUAUACAUUUUGUAUGUUUAUAUAUGUGUUUCCUUUUGAA